UGGCGCUAAUCCAUAAAUCGAUACCAUCGAGUGAAGAUUACCUUGAUUUCUUGAGCAUAGUUGAUUCUGUUAACAUAACUGAUAACCAUCACCACCUUAAAUCAAUCACACAACAUCAUGGCAAGCACAAAUAAAAAUUUAACUACGGCAUCUACAAACGAGGAACCAAUGGUGGAGGUGAGUCUCGAGAACAAUGUCUCUGAUGUAGGAGAGAGUGGAAGGGACGAGAAGCUUGACAAUGCUGAUUUACCAACUCUGUCUGUGGAGAUGGAUAAAAGCCAGGCAGAUGCAAAAACUGAUGGCAAAGAAGCACUUGAUACCCCGGAUACACAUUUAGAACGCAGACAUCAACUCGGCAACGAGGCAACGACAAGAAGAAAGCUAAGGACAAAUUAAAAUUCACACCUUUUGCACCUGUCAAACCACACACUGCACAGCCAGGGGCACUGAAAUUAGACGUUACGAAGAAUCCAGGAGAGAAUCGUGUUCAUACCCCUCAGAUUAUCAUUCUGGAAAGCUAUGAAGAGGGCAGAGAUACAGGGAAAGCUCAUCGGUGGUGCGAUCAUCUAAGUUUUGUAUGUGCGGGGAUAUGUGUGAAAAUGACGAAAUGCGGUCUCAAGAUAUGUGGAUGCUGAGAUGAUAAUUCAAUCUGAGCGCUUAAUCUAGUAGAGGGCGACUCGUUGUUAGAUUACUGCCUGUCCAAGAGCUGCAGAAGCAGCAUCAGACGACAGAAGAACACUCGUGGGCAUUGCGAACUUUCCAGACGGCCAGCCAGUAAGAUGCAAUGAUUGGUUUCUUGGUAUACGCAUCAGGAGAUCAGGGAGCCUUGUUGGAAAACAUGAACGGCUACUCAAUAAGCCUAUUAUAAAAGAAGCCGUCUGCGUGUAGCUAUUUUCCACGAGUCAAGCUAGUUGUAAGUUGGCCAUACACUUCGUAAACGUUUCACAAAGACA